AUGGCCAAAACUAAAAAGGGUCAUGACACCGUCCCCAACAAAACUUCUUCAGUCAAAAAACCCACCAACCAUAAUAACAAAGCUACUGGCCCCAUAGUUAAAUUUCCUGAAUCUAACUAUCAAUCUAAAAUAACUGUGAACAAGUAUCUAGAAACAAAAAAGAUUAUUGAAGAUUCAUUGAUUAAUGAUUGGAAAUAUUGUAAAUAUAAACUCAAGCAAUGCCGUAUGGGUGGAGAUGGGGUUAUGGAAACUUACUUAAGGAAAUAUAUUAAUGAUUUACAGAAUGAACAGUCUCGAUACACUGAGGAUUGUGUUGAAUAUGAUAAAUAUAGUGAAGAAUAUUCAGUUGAUGAUGAAAAUGAAAGUUUUAGCAGCACUGAUGAUGUGCAUAAAGAACAAUUUAUCAAUAAAGAUAAUGACAAUAAAAAGAGAUUAUAUCCAAUUGACAACGUGCCCCUACAGGAUUCAGUAGUUGGAGAAAAUACUAAUAAAAAUAAAAGGCAAAAAACGUUGAUUAAAGAUGUCAAUAAUAUUCCGUCGGAUUUAGUUUUCCCUAAGGAUUUAUAUGAAAAGGAGAUAGAAGAAUUGCCCAAACCUAGAGAACUAGAUGAGCCCACAAAAUUAAAGUUAUUGACGGACCAUUUGGAUUCUGAACAAAUGGAUAGAUUUGAAGUUUUUAGAAGAACAAGAUUACCCAAACAAAUGGUCAGAAGGUUAGCCAAUUUGGUCACUAACCAAAGCGUUCCCAUGCAGAUAGCUAUUGUUUUGGGCACUGUCGGGAAAUUAUUCGUUGGCGAAAUAGUAGAAAAGGCCUUACUUAUUAAACAGAAACAUAUUUUACAACACAUGUUAGAUGAAUACAUUAGAAGAAAAUUAUAUGGGAAUAGAAUUUUGAAAAUUUUGAAAAAAUUAACUAAAUUAUGUUUAACCAGUGGUAACUAUGCUAGUAGCAAUAACAGCAAUAGUAAAACCGCUAAUACUGCCACCACUACCAGUGAUACCGAUAUUCAUAGCAAAAUAGAAGAGAAAGAAGAAGAACAAAUGUCAAUGGCAAAGGAGGGCUCAACAGAGAAAACUGCAGCUACUUUAAAGGGCAGAGAGCACAAUAAAAAAACGAAAGAUGAUACUGUAGGUGCGCCAAAUAUCAUCUAUACUUUAGAAGAUAUAGCCAAUGAUGGAAUAUAUGCGAAUGACAUAUAUCCUGAUUUUGAAUCUAUGAUAAAUGACAUAGAUGAGGAUGAUUACGAACCACCAAAGGCUAAUAGCACAAAAUUAAAACAACAUAUCGUGACAUUAACCGUAUUAUUAAACACAACGGAUAACAGUGCCAAGAUAAGGAAUUCAUUAUUGAAACAAUUUAAUUAUUGGGGAACGCUUUUCAAUAAGAUUGAUAUUAAAGUAGAUAAAUAUACAGAUACACCUUUAUUACCAGAACAUUUAAGAGAAGCGUGGAGAUUGUAUCGUUUAGAAAAUAAAACUUUACCAUCAGGCACAUUUAGACAGCAAGGCGAGGGAAAUGGAUGGAUGUUUGAAUAA